AUCUUCCUCUCUCUUCUUCAUCUUCCCUCUCUUCUCUCUUUCUUAUUAAAUCCUUCACACCCUCUCUCUUUCAAAGAUUUUCCUCUCUAAACACCGUUCACAACCAUUUCUCUUAUGGCAUCUUCUUCUGGUACCUUAGACACUACUUCUGCUUCCAAUUCUUAUACCAAUAACUUCACUUUCUCGACACACCCAUUCAUGACCACUUCUUUCUCUGAACUCUUAGCUUCUUCCGCUGAAGACAAGCCUCGUGCUUCUGCUGCUGCUGUUGGUGUUCCUAAGUUCAAGUCUACACCACCACCGUCUUUGCCUCUCUCUCCACCACCCAUUUCUCCUUCUUCUUAUUUCGCUAUUCCUCCUGGUUUGAGCCCUGCUGAACUUCUUGAUUCCCCUGUUCUUCUUAAUCCUUCUAACAUUUUGCCAUCUCCAACAACGGGGGCAUUUGUUGCACAUAACUACACUAAUUGGAAGAACAACAACAAUUCUGGUGGGAACCAACAACAAGUUAUCAUCAAAGAGGAAGAAGGAAAGAACAACAAUUUCUCAAACUUCUCUUUCCAAACCCAGCCAACUAUGUUUCAAUCCUCAUCAACUGCCACAACUCAAACACAGCAGCCAUGGGGAUUUCAAGAAUCCAACAAGAAACAGGAAAAUUUGUCAUCAUCAAAAACUGUGAUGAAAACUGAGAACACUUGUUCCAACCAAAACAACAAUGGGUUCCAAUCAGAUUACAGCAGCAACAACAAUUACCAGCCACAAUCCCAGACUCUAAGCAGAAGAUCAGAUGAUGGUUACAAUUGGAGAAAAUAUGGUCAGAAACAAGUGAAAGGUAGUGAGAAUCCAAGAAGUUACUAUAAAUGCACAUUCCCAAAUUGCCCAACAAAGAAGAAAGUUGAGAGAUCCUUGGAUGGACAAAUCACAGAGAUUGUUUAUAAGGGUACUCAUAAUCACCCUAAGCCUCAGAACACUAGGAGAAACUCUUCAUCUUCUUCUAAUUCUGCUGCUUUUGCAAUUGCUCCCUCCAAUCAAAUGAACAACUCUGAGGUGACUGAUCAUCAAUCUUAUACACAUGGUAGUGGGCAAAUGGAUUCUGUUGCCACCCCUGAGAACUCCUCAAUUUCAGUUGGGGAUGAUGAUUUUGAACAAAGCUCUCAGAGGUGUAAAUCAGUUGGAGAUGAAUAUGAUGAUGAUGAACCUGAUGCCAAAAGAUGGAAAAUUGAAGGGGAAAAUGAGGGAAUAUCAGGAGGUGGAAGUAGAACAGUGAGAGAACCAAGGGUUGUGGUUCAGACAACAAGUGACAUAGAUAUCCUUGAUGAUGGCUACAGAUGGAGGAAGUAUGGCCAGAAAGUAGUUAAGGGCAAUCCAAAUCCAAGGAGCUACUACAAGUGCACACACCCAGGUUGUCCAGUGAGGAAGCAUGUAGAGAGAGCCUCACAUGACCUGAGGGCAGUGAUAACAACCUAUGAAGGCAAACACAACCAUGAUGUCCCGGCCGCCCGCGGCAGCGGAAGCCAUGCCUCCGUCAACAGACCAAUGCCAAACAACCACCACAACAAUGCAAGCAUUGCAAUUAGGCCUUUACCAUCAAUGACACACCACAACAACAACAACAGCACUAACAACACUACUUCCCUUCAACAAGGGCCAGAAGGACAAUCACCCUUCACACUUGAAAUGCUUCAGAACCCUUCAAGCUAUGGAUUCUCAUCUUCUGGGUUUGGGAAUCCGAUGGGUUCUUACAUGCCUCAGCAACAGCAACAACAGCAAUCUGACAAUGUGUUUUCUUCCAGAGCCAAGGAGGAACCUAGGGAUGACAUGUUCCUUGAAUCUUUGCUAUGCUGAAGCAAAAUUCAUUCAUAUAUAUAUACUUUUUGGCUUAGUUUGGAGGGGUUAGGAUUAUAUUAACAAAAUAAACUCAGGUUCAUUUCAUUUAUUGCAUUUUUUAGUUUGUUUUUUGUUGUUGUAUAUUUUACACAGCCACAGCCCAUAGGAUUGGUAAUAGUGUAUAUUUUUUAUAUUUGUUGUAUGUUACAAAAUGUUAUGUUAAAAAUUUUUUGAUUAAUUUAAGGGCCAGAAAAAUGGUCUGAAAUUAAUCUUUUUUUUUUUGUA